AUGCACACAGAGCAAUGGGCUUAAAUGCGCAAAACAAAACAAAAAGGAGAAACAUCAACCCAGUGAAAACCUGUUUCUGAGGCACAAAGCAGCUACCAAUCAACCACGGAACCGACCAACCCAUUCCAAUAAUAACCAGAAAAAUUAGCCACAAAUGUUAUGAACUGACGACGACUGGCGUCUUGGCCAACAAAACAAUCUUCGACAACAACAACAACACGCAAAGAAGAGUUAAAGCAACAGCAACAACAGCAAUACGGGAUCUUUUGAGAGCCAACGUCGUCAAUUGGUAGAGAUACCAGAUGAGUCAUCAACAACUUCUCAUGGCCUAAAACAGUUGAACAAUCAAAGAAGUUAACAACAAAUGAAAAAAAACUAAAGAAAUUUAUUUAAAAAAAACGCACAAACAAAUAGCAACAAUUUUUCCAAUUUAAUAAAAAAUAAAAAUUCUACUUCACCACUCAGAUAUUCUCCACGUUGGUGUGAAUGACAACAAAAACUGAAUUUUUCAAUUAAAUCACGUUCCAAACCUUUUUUGUAACGACUGCAAUUUUUUGAAAAAGAAAAAAAAAAAAAACGAAAAUCAAACGCCAUACAAAGAAAAUGUUCAACUUUAGCGCCUUGAGAACAACUGCCGCCACAAUUUUAACCCUUCCCGCAGCUCUACACAAAACCGUUGACGCUCUAGCAAUGACGGCCGACUCAGCGGCAACUGGCACCGACUGCCACGGCCAAGUAUGCAAUCCAGUGGAACAAUUUUGCUCUCACUUUGAAGUUGCCUGUGUAAAUUGUUCGACGGCCUGUGAUCCACAAGAUUUGAAUUAUAAACCGGUGGAAUGUACAAGGGAAUGUGGGGAAUUCCUAAAACUUCUUCCCCUACAAAACGAAAUACAUCAGAUACAAACGCAACAAAGUCUCAUCUUGUAUCUGCUGGUAUUGCUGCUAAUCAUUACGUGUCUGCAUUAUACCUGGGUCUGUCUGAAAUGGUUGCGACACAAACGCUAUGUCCAGCAUGCCCUCAAGAAGCUGAAGUUGAAAAAGGAUCCUUUGCCACCGACAGCGCAUCUAAAUGGCGGAGGCGGUGGUACAACAAUACAAAAUAUGUGUGUGAUAAAUGACAUUGAGAGGUCACCAUCACAGAUUUACAGUAUGACAGGUGUCGAGGGUUCAGUGCUGACAAUGACAACACCAAUUAGCUCACGUCAUCCAGCGGAAAAUCAAACGCCAUCACCCCAGGCCGUAACAAACGAGUAUUCCUAUGACAACCAGGCCUUGGCCGUGACGCCAGUUUCAGAGAAGCCAGGAGGAGGUUCGGUGGUUUUCUAAAUCUCCAUAUUUAACCAUUAGAAAUUAAAAGUGGAUCGUCAUCACCUCGAUCAUCAUCAUCAUCAUCCAUUAAUUGAAGAAAAUGUUAAAAACAUUUUCUUUCUUUCGGCAUCAUUGUCAUCCUGUGGCCUUCAAUACUUAAAGCAUCAAUCAAGGGUUAAUUGCUUCAACCUUCAAGGAUAUUGUCAAACUGUCUCACAUAGUCUUCCUGUUUAUUCUAGUUGAUAUUUGUUUAAAAAUGGGAUUUUAAUCGAUCCCGCCAUCAAGUACUUAGUCUAAGCUAUGAAAUUUUUAUGAUAUUAUUACUACAACCAAUUGUCAAAUAGAAUUCCAUCCAUGAUAUUUUAUCACAUCACUUUACAUAUUUUAUACUAGUGAUAGUUGUGUAAGUUAUAUUACUUAAAUUAUUUCGUAAUUGUAAAUAAGUAUUUAAAAAAAAAACCUAUUUUACUAUAAGAAAAUAUAUAUCGGAUAAUAAUUAUA